GGCUGAGAACACUAAGAAGUCCGAGAUUUCUAAGGCCUCCUUUGUGAUUACAAUUUCAAAAUAAUUACGGCCUUUCAAUCCGGGCUGUUAAAAUUCUGUAUAGAUUUGCUGUCAUCCAGCAAAUAAUCCAGAUUUUUCCAGAUUGGAAUGAGGCUGCUGCAAACUUGACAACUGCCAGCCACUCUUCCUGGGAAUUAGACUUCUCUUCCCCUAAUUGGCAUCUCCACCUUUGGGAAAUGUGCGUUCAAGCUGACAGUGGUGAGGACAAAACUCAGGAAACGCAGCAACUUUGAGAUUGAGUCACUUGACAGGUAAACUAGACUGUGAAGCCAUAAAAAAUUUCCAUUAUGCAAGAUAAGGGAGGUAAUAACUUCCUCUUUGUGUGGCUGAGUUGCCAAACAGAACUACACAGAAAAUCUUCACAAGACAAGCUGUCAGCAUGGACCAAGACAUGGUUGGAUACAUUGUUCUUCUGGUGAUUGUCACCCUCCUAAGUGUCAUCCAAAAUGCCUUUUUUGCAAGCAAAGUGGAACAGGAAAGCAAAAACACCACUGGCAAAACAAAUCAGAAGUGUUGUCCAUCCACCUUUGACCGUGUCUUUACUGCCAACCAAAAUUGCAGAGAUGCCUAUCCUACCUUUCUUGCUGUCCUUUGGUGUGCUGGCCUGCUGUGCAGCCAAGUUGCGGCUGCCUUUGCUGGAUUGAUGUAUUUGUUUGUGAGACAAAAAUACUUUGUUGGCUACAUGGGAGAAAGGACCCAGAGCACUCCUGGUUACAUCUUUGGAAAACGCAUCAUAUUUUUUCUGUUCCUGAUGUCUGUUGCUGGAGUCCUCAAUUAUUACCUGGGUGUCUUUUUUGGAAGUGACUUUCAAAUAUAUAUAAAAACUAUAACCAAUACUAUCUCUCCACUAUUGCUCAUUCCUUAAAUCCUUAUAGAAUUGAAGGUGAGAUAGCACAGAAGAGAUAUUUGUACUUAGCCAAUCAAUAUUUGGAGGAAAAAGGUUGAAAUGGAUGCAUAAAUCUCCUCUUAGAUUGCCAUAAAUCUAAUGCUCCUAGACUUGUAGUUUUGAUUUAACACAGCUUUUUUCAUCCUACAAGAAAGUGAUUUAUUGUACCCAAUCAGCAGAUUUGUGGUUGGAGAAGAAGUUAUAGAACUCACCAUAGGUUUAGUCACUGUAGUUUUCUAUUAUUUUUGGUUUUAUUUACUUUGCUUUUAAUAUAAGAUAAAAAGAAAUAAGUGUCUGAUUUUACAUCAAAAUGUCCAUUGAUUGUCAGUCCUUAUCAAUCAAAUUCAGGUUGUUCUUCAGAGUAUAGAUUCAAUCGCUAGGUAAUUAUCCUCAACCCAGAGAGUUUAAUUUAAUAAUAAAACAGAAAAUAAGUCUUUAGCUGGAUUGUUUUGCAUCAUGUUGGCAUUUAAAAUGAAGUUGUUCAUAAUGAUGAAAUUAGUUCUUUAGUCUGUAUACUGUGAUCGUAUGUAUUUCUCAGAGCAUAGUACCAGAUGUAAUAUUGUGCACACAAAACAGGCAAAUCACUAACAUUAAUAUUGUUUUUUUCAAAUGGCUUUUAUUUUGAGAUAAAAUGAUGCCAUUAUAUUUUCCACUAUACAAGUUGUUUUCACAUUUGCAUGUCUUGCAGAAUAUGUCUUUGUAUUUGCCUUUUCAGAUGUAGUCUGUAUAUGAAAUGAUAGUUGCAGAAGGAAUCCACAAAGUGUUAGCUGCAAAAUAAAUUACAUUUUCCCCAAGA